AUGUAUCUAGACUUCACCAAGAGCCUCGGUAUUGGCUCGCUCACUACCAUGCUUCUCUCCGCAUUUUCCCCACGAGAGCGUGCUCUCGUUGAUCAUCAGCCAGCGCUACCUCCAUCCUAUCCGCUGGCUGUCCGGAGUCCCUAUCUCUCGUCAUGGAUGCCCAGCGAUCAGGUUCAGACAUUGCCGUAUGCGGAGCCUCAGUUCUGGGCGGGACAGAGUCUCACCUGGUCGGUUAUGGCUCGCGUAGAUGGCCAAGCGUACAGUUUGAUGAGCGUCAAGAAUCCGGGCGAGAACAUCCGUCCUGCUAUCGUUCGAAGCGCCGAGUAUACUGCGACUCAUUCGGUGUUUACUCUUUCCGCUGGUUCGGUGGUUUUCACUCUGGACUUUUUCUCGCCCAUAUCGCCCUCAAACUAUCUGCGACAGUCCCUCCCUUUCAGCUACUUGACCGUUUCUGUAUCGGAGGGUAAUUCUAAGAGCAUUCAGAUCUACUCUAGUAUCGACGGAAGAUGGACGGGCAAGCCACAACACACUACACGUGGUUUCCGUGAGAUCGGCUCCACGGCCGUCUUUUCGUUGGGGUUGAAGAACGGCGUCCCUUACUCGGAAGUAGAUGACAUGGCCACUUGGGGCGAGGCGAUCUUCGCCUCUCGCCCAACUUCUAGGUCUAAACUCUCUUUCUCAUCUGGGAAACGGGGCGAUGUGCGCUCUCAGUUUGUCAGUACCGGGAGGCUGGUCGACAACCGCCAGUCAUGGGCUCCAGGAGGGAUUGUAGCCCUUUCGCACGACUUAGGAAGGGUUGACAGUGGAGAAGCAGUGACAUUUGCCGUUGGACAUGUGCGCGAAGAGUCCAUUAAUUACCUGGGCAAGCCAUACACCGGAUAUUACCGAUCGCAGUACCCGGAUAGCCACGACGCGGUUUCUUACUUCCUUGACGACUAUCCCGCCGCUCUGCAGGAGUCUCGGGUGCUCGAUACGGAGAUGGCCAAGCAAGCCAAAGCGGCAGCUGGUCAGAAGUACGCCGAUAUCGUCACACUGUCGGCUCGCCAGGCGUAUGGAGGGAUAGAGGUGACCAUUCCUAAUGACACUCUCGACACCACCGAUGUUCUGGCAUUCAUCAAGGAGCUUUCCAGCAAUGGCAACCUCAACACAGUGGACGUUAUCAUGCCCGCCUUCCCGAUCUACUACGUUCUGGACCCGGACUACAUCCGCCUUCUGCUGGAACCGAUGAUGAGGUACCUGGCUGCUGGCCGCUGGCAAAAGCCGUAUGUGAUCCACGACAUGGGCAAGCAUUACCCCAAUGCCAUCGGGCAUGACAAUCAAAAAGCCGAGCCAAUGCCGAUCGAGGAAUGUGGAAAUCUAAUGGUACUGAUCCUGGCCUACGUGCGAGCAACGGGUGACACCGAAUGGGCCGCCCAGUACACUGACCUCCUGAGGGGCUAUGCGGACUACUUGGUCGAUAAUGGUGUUGAUAUCACCAAGCAGCUGUCUUCCAACGACGCGGCUGGUGCACUUGCCAAUGAGACAAACCUUGCCAUCAAGGCGGCCGUCGGUAUCAAGGCAUUCGGCGAACUAACGGGACUUUCCGAAUACUCUGAAAUCGGCGAAGCGCGCGCGGAUCUGUUCUUCACCCAGGGCCGGGGAACAGACGGGAAUAAGACACACUUCGUGCUGCAAUACCCCGACAAGCCAGCCUCGUGGAAGAUUCCAUACAACCUCUACCCAGAUGUACUGUUGGAUCUUCAGACCUUCCCCAAAGCGGCAUACGAAAUGGGAAAUACCUUCUUCAAGUCGGUUCGAGCCGAAUAUGGAGUUCCGUUGGAUAACCGGCAAGACUGGGCCAAGUCGGACUGGAACAUGUGGUUGGCAGGCACAUUUGACGCCGACACUCGGUCUGAGUUUGUGGAUGAUCUCUGGAGUUUCAUGACCAACGGAAAACACAACUGGCCGUUCUCCGAUCGGUACGUUGCCACAUCCGCCAAGGGACGGAGCCCUGGGGUGCCUGUAUUGUGCCGAGCUCGCCCAACAGUGGGUGGUCAUUUUGCCCUGAUGGCACUACAAGGGCCCAAAUCUCUUCAGGCUGCUGUGUCGAGGCAGAUGUUUGGUGAAGGGGGCAACAAAGGAGGCAGUGGCAGCCAGGAGAUUCUUUUGAACCAGGGAGAGAAUCUGUAG